ACACGAUCCACCCUUCCCCCUUCUCCUCUUCCAAAACAAUCCUGGCCUCUCAAGACCAAGACCCUCUCCCGAGCUGCUUCUAGCUGAGCAGAACCGGGAAUUGAGCUUGAUCUGACCCCAGAGCCUUCAGGCGGGAAGAAAGAUGUCAGAUGAUGAUGAUCCAGACUACUCUGAGCUAGACCAGGAUGAUCUUGACAAUGAAGAUGAUGAGAAGGAGACAGAGGAAUGGGAAGACCACGAGAAAGAGGGAGAAGACCUCUCUGAGGAAUGGAUGCCCACGCCCCUCACGGAGGACAUGAUGAAGGAAGGGCUUUCUCUGCUGUGUAAGACAGGCAGUGGACUGGCUCAUGCAUAUGUCAAGCUGGAGGUCAAAGACAGAGACCUGACAGACAUCUACUUGCUGCGCUCCUACAUCCAUCUGCGCUAUGUGGAUGUUUCUGAGAACCACCUGACAGACCUGUCUCCACUCAAUUACCUCACCCACCUGCUCUGGCUCAAGGCUGAUAGCAAUUGGCUGCGGAGUGCCCGGCUAAAUGAACUGCCCUACCUGCAGAUUGCCAGUUUUGCCUACAACCAGAUCACUGACACUGAGGGCAUCUCUCAUCCUCGUCUGGAAAGCCUGGAUCUCAAAGGGAACCGCAUCCACAUGGUGACAGGUCUGGACCCCCAAAAGCUGAACAGCCUGCACACACUGGAGCUUCGGGGGAACCAGCUGGAAAGCACCCUGGGAAUCAACCUUCCUAAGCUGAAGAACCUCUACCUGGCCCAGAACAUGCUGAAGAAGGUGGAAGGAUUGGAGAACCUAAGCAAUCUCACCACCUUGCAUCUUCGAGACAACCAAAUUGAAACUCUGAGUGGCUUCUCUGGGGAAAUGAAAUCAUUGCAGUACCUCAAUCUGAGGGGCAACAUGGUAACCAACCUGCAGGAGCUGGCCAAGCUUCGGGAUCUGCCGAAGCUGCGAGCCUUGGUGCUGCUAGACAACCCAUGCACAGAUGAGACCGACUACCGCCAGGAGGCCCUGGUGCAGAUGGCUCACCUCGAGCGCCUGGACAAGGACUUCUAUGAAGAUGAGGAGCGGACUGAGGCUGAUGAGAUUCGUCAGAGGCUGAAGGAGGAUCAGGAGCAGAAGGCUGGGACUGAUCAUGACCUGGAACCAGACCAGCCACCAUUGAUCUAGCUGUAGUUCUUCUAGCCUCCAAGGAUAGUAGAGAUCAGAGACACCGGCCCCCAAGACCUGACAAGACUCGGUGGAAGGCCACCUGUUAAUUCGUUUGUGCCCCUCAUCGGGAAGAUGCCUCCUCUUACCCCAGAGCCGGAAAUUCAUCACAGCCUGAGGCUCAGGCCCUGUGACAGUCACCUGGGCAGUGUGGGGGCCGGUGGGCCUGAGCUCUCCCUGGAGCCUAGGCCGGGGGCAGCUGUCUGCGGGUGUGGGCGGGAGCCACUGGGAGGCUUGUAGGUCGGCGGAGAGAAGAGCUGCGGGGCGGGCUGGGCUGUUAGGAGCAGCGCGUUUCCGAA